GCCGAAGCUGGUCGUAAGAGUAAGUCUCGACUCAAGAGAAAAGCGGUUUCUGAUGGGUCUUGUGCGCUACAGCUCAAUGAAGCCGGAGAUCUGUUCGACAAUCCGCUACCAGGGUCAGACCAACAACACGAUGCGACAGAUCCCGACGCACAACUAGAGCCACAAGCCGAUCUCGAUGAAGACGCAGAGGACGAUGAGGAGGAUGACGAAAAGGCGAAGAAGCGAGCUGCAAGACAGCUUGUGAAGGAGAUGUCUGAUCGGAUCUCGUACGAUAGUGUGGCAGUGCUCCGAGUGCCAGUAGAUAUUCGUCAGCACAAGCUACAGCAGCGGACAAUAUUACAGCGGGACUACAGGUAUGGCAGAGGCAGAUCUACUGUCACACGCGAUCGCGAACGCAAUCGCAAGUCCUAUAGUCAAAUAAUAAGAAACAAGCUGAGGAAAAUGGGAAAAGAGAACUUGAACUUUCUAAGGACAUUUAGAAAAUUUAGAUUAUUUAGAUUUAGUUGUAGAAUUCUUGGUCUGUGCCAGUACCUGUAGCUUUGGCUGUGCUUGGGCUUCAGCGUCUACUUAUGGCAUAAGGAUAAGCAUGCGAUCACGUCCUCUAAUGCCGAUGGAGAUCCAGAGCGUUACAGUCAAUGGACGAACCAGAGCCACCGCGUUCCUGUUUCCUUAGUGAUCGCAAUCGAGGCGAAGUUCUUGACGUCAAUGGCG